GAUAUCGCAUAUAGAUAGCUAUUUGGUGCACUUCAAUUCCCAACCUUUUACCUCCUUCGCACGCCUGCGACCUAUAUCCAUCAGAGCAUCAAUCCACACAGUCAGCUCAGGCUAGCUUCUUGCGGCCAUUCCAAUCAUCUAUAGACGCCGCCAUGAACAGGAAUUGCAGUUCCUCAACACCAACAAGCUCUCACUCACCUCAACAAUCAGAACAUAAGAGAAGAUGGUGGGACGAUCUCACGUUCACGAAAUGCAAGAAGAUGUUUUUGAGGCAUCUACAUUUCGUCGGCCCAGGGCUAGUAUCUAGUGUGGCUUAUAUCGAUCCAGGUAAUUGGGCAACAGAUUUAGAGGCUGGUGCGGAUUACGGCUACAAACUAUUGUUCGUCGUUUUGCUCGCUAGUCUGGCCGCAGUUGUCUUGCAACUGUUGUCGGUCCGUUUGGGUACUACUACAGGACUGUCACUUCCGGCUCAAACCCGCCUCUUAUUCCUUCGUCUCAAGUCUCGCUAUCCUAGAUAUCGUAUACCCUUAACUAUCGCACUGUGGACCUUGUAUGCUUUGGCAGAAAUAGCAAUUAUUGCUACAGAUUUGGCCGAACUCCUGGGAAGUGCCAUUGCCUUGCAUCUUCUUUUCCCAAAGCUUCCGCUGUUCGCUGGUGUCUUGAUCACUGCAGUGGAUGUUCUCGUUGUCCUAGUUUUCUUCCGAUCAUCGUCUGGUAGACAAGGCAUGAUGUUCUUUGAGAUUAUCAUCGUUUCUUUGGUGUUGGCAGUGUUUAUCAGCUUCAUGAUCCUGUUGAAGCUUACCAGUCCCGUAUGGAGGGACGUUUUCUUAGGUCUUGUUCCUUCCGAGACCCUCGUCAAGCCUGGUGCGCUUUAUCUUGGUGUUGGUAUCAUAGGAGCUACUGUCAUGCCUCACGCCCUGUUUCUGGGUUCCUUUCUCUCCGGUGUCGACCGCCUCAAUAUGAUUCCUCAACCGCCUAGCAUGCGAAAGCCUCGAAACGUCACCAUGCCCUCAUUCAACCCUUUCAGACGUACCAGAUCCAUUCGUUCAGACAGCGAACAGGGUGAGGGCGUAAGUACUGGUAUUUCUCCGGUCUUACUCCAAGCUCCUCGCCCUAGUUCAGGAUCUGAGGCUGCUGUCUUGGAAAAUGACGGCGCAAAGGACGAGGUUCAUCUACAGGAUAGCGUUGUGGAACUUACCAAGGAGGAGAAACUCUUCGCAAUCGAACAAAAAGAAUAUGAAAGGAAUGUCCGGAUGUUUGAUAGGAUUAAAUGGGUCGAUGUUCAUCUGUUUCAUUCCACUAUUGAUACUGCUAUAUCAUUACUCAGUUUUGCCUUAACAAUCAAUGCAUCGAUCCUCACUCUUGCGGGAGCUGUGUAUUAUUAUAAUGAAAGCCCCCCCUCGGAAGGUGCGGACCUUUUCGGCGCUUUUGACUUGAUCAAGUCUUAUAUUAGUCAUGCUGCUGCUAUCGUGUUUGCGUUGGCCUUAUUAUGCGCGGGUCAGAGUGCGUCCAUCACAGCCACCCUAGCCGGCCAAGUUGUUUCAGAGGGCUUCAUCAAUUGGAAGACGUCCCCAUUCCUUCGUCGACUCAUCACCCGGCUUCUAGGUGUCAUACCGUCAGCAGUCGUAGCUUCAGCCGUAGGCACCAAAGGGCUUAACACAAUGCUCGUAGCUUCACAAGUUCUCCUUUCUAUCGUUUUACCCACGGUCGUAUUCCCCCUCGUCUACCUCUGUUCCAAGCACGAAAUUAUGACUGUCCAAGGACCGGAAGUGGAAUCCAUUGAAAUGGAGAGGAUCGCCAACAGCGGCGCAUCUGUUUCUGAUCCCUUUGCCUUGGCGGCUACGACACCGUCCUUGUCACCCACUACUCUGGGAGAUGACUUGGCGGCUCUUGGGAUUGAGAGUACGACAGUCAGAGUGGAGCCGGAUCAAUCAGUUGACAGACCAUCCAGACGGAGCAAGUCCUAUGUAUCGCCAAAGUGGGUGACUGUAUUAGGAUAUGUUUUGUUUGUGGUGAUCGUCUUAGCAAACGUUUAUGUGAUUGUGGAGCUAUGUCUUGGGAACGGAUAAUGAGCUUGGUUUGUUAUUGAGGAGGAAAAUGAGAUUAUGAUAGCAAGGUGGUGGAAGGAUUUAGAUUUUUACUAUUAACUAAUGUGUAACAAAUGUUCUUCGGUAUUUCCGCCUUUAUGCAAUUA